AUGGCACAACAAACAGACACCAGAUCAGCAGACGAAAACAAAGUCACCAAUGGACUCGAUGCCCUCAAUCUACGCCCCGACCAACAAGCACCGAUCCUCCGUCUCCCCAAUGAGCUCCUCCAGCUCAUCUUCGAGUUCGCCACAGCAAAGAAAGACAAAGAUGAAUGGGACGCCCGGAUCUGGGCCUACUCAUUGCUGACGCCCCUGGCCGAGGUCAGCCGCCGCUUCAACAGUCUCGUGCUACCAAUGCUGUACGGCAUCAUCGACCUCAACGGGCACCCAUUCAACUACCAGCAGAGAGUGAAGCAGCUGCAUGACACGCUCAAACAAAGGCCCGAGCUGCGGUCCUUGCCUCGAUCGUUGCAGAUCGAGAUCGAGGACGAGGGAACCAAGCUAGACUUUCCCGUCAUCCACGAUCUCGUGGUGUGGGCGACGGGGCUGACGCAUUUGCGGCUUUAUGGCGGGUUCGGGGUGCAAGAAAACUCGGAUACGUUUCUGUAUGGCCUGCGCGAUGAGACUUGUGCGUUGGUCCGAUCGGCUGGGCAGUGUCUGCCCGCGCUGCGCAGCUUUGAUAUCUUCUCGUGUUUCAGUGCCGGGGCGUUGACGCAGAUGAUCGAGAGUUUCGCCUUUAAGUCUCUCGAGAAACUGGAGAUUUGGGCAAUUCUGGAAGAUCACAAUGAGCCUGUGUUAUCCGACGAGAAGGUAAACCAUUCAAACCUUUUCCAGGCGGUGGAUUUGGAUAUCCAGGGAGCGGCUUCUUUCACUUCCCUCAGCCUGAACGGCUACAGCGCGGAUCUACGAACCCUGUUCCAUCUGACACGAUGGCCCAAGAAACUUGUCCACUUCACCAGCCGGUGCGUCCACGACGACGACGACGGUCCCGCCGAUUUGGACUUUGCCGAGCUGCGCCCGGCACUACUGCCCCAUCUCGAGACUCUACAGACAAUAGAGUUGCAAGGGCCAUACAAAAGCAACAGAGACGGGCUAUUCAACGCGGCCGAGUUCCCGAACCUGGAGUCCUUCAAGAUAUCUCGGUGGGCGAUUGCGCCCCGCGGAAGCCUAGCGUGGACCCCCGAACACGCCGAUCUCCUGCUCGCGCCCAGGCUGAAAGUGCUUACAUGGGUCGUGGACGAGAGCCCCGCAGAAGUCGAGGAAUGGGAUGAGUUUAGUCCCGAGGAAGAGAAGUGGAUGCGCGAGUUCGCGAAAGUCGCGUCACAGCGCAGAUCCACGCUGCAGAGGAUUCAUAUACAGUACAAGCCUGAGACCUAUAAUGUGGAGGAGCGCUUUGGGUAUCCGUGGGACCGCAUGGAUAAAGUGCGGGAGGAGAUCCGACCCUAUGGGGUGGCGCUGGGGUAUGAUGAGCCGCCCUUGUCGAAGAAGGAGUGGCAGGAAGAGGUCGACUCGAAAAAAGAACGGAUGGAGCGGGAGGCGUUGAGGAGACAUAGAGCUGUGCUGGCGAGUCGAGUCGAGAGCUAA